AUGGAGGGCCUUUUUUACAACGUCAAGUACGGCUACAUCGAAGGCAUCGUGCGCGGCUACCGCAAUGCCCUGCUCACUAGCCAGAGCUACAGCAACCUUACCCAGUGCGAGACCAUCGAUGAUGUGAAGCUGCAGUUGUCGCCCGCAUAUGGCGACUUCCUCUCAUCGCUCCCUCCAAACCCCUCUACCUCUGCGCUCGCCAGUAAGACGACCGAUAAGCUCGUCGCUGAGUUCCGUUAUGUCCAGGCCAACGCCACUGGCUCGCUCGCCAAAUUCAUGGAGUACUUGACGUACGGAUACAUGAUCGACAAUGUUGCGCUGCUCAUUACCGGUACCCUGCACGAGCGAGAUACCCGGGAACUGCUCGAGCGAUGUCAUCCUCUUGGCUGGUUCGAGACCAUGCCCGUGCUUUGUGUCGCGACAAACAUUGAGGAGCUCUACAACUCCGUGCUGAUCGAGACCCCGCUCGCGCCUUACUUCAAAGGUUCGCUUAGCCACCAGGACCUUGACGAGCUCAACAUUGAGAUCAUCCGCAACACACUGUACAAGAACUACCUCGAAGACUUCUACAACUGGGUCAACUCAACGGAUGAGAUUGCUGGAACGCCAACAGCUGAGGUCAUGUCCGAGGUUCUAGAAUUCGAGGCUGAUCGGAGGAGCAUCAACAUCACCCUCAACUCAUUCGGCACCGAGCUAUCGAAGGCAGAUCGGAGGAAAUUGUACCCGAACUUUGGUAGGCUUCACCCUGAAGGCACGCUGUUACUUUCAAAGGCCGAUGACGUCGAGGGGGUACGCAUUGCCGUCGAGGGGGUGUUCGAAUACAAGACCUUCUUCGAGCAGACGGGUCUCAACGGUGGCGGAGGUGUUGGUAACAUGGCAGGCGGCGUUGGCGGCGAGUCGCGCAGCCUGGAGGAUCUGUUCUAUCAAAAGGAGAUGGAGAUUUCCAAGUUGGCAUUUACCCGACAAUUUACACACUCCAUCGUAUACGCCUGGGUCAAGCUGCGAGAACAGGAGAUCCGCAACAUCACCUGGAUAGCCGAGUGCAUUGCUCAGAACCAGAAAGAGCGGAUCGGAAACUAUAUAAGUGUAUUCUAG